CUUAGGUUAGAGUUUGAGUCUCUAUCGGAGGCUAGGCUAGAGUUGAAGUCUCUAUCGGAGACUAGGUUAGAGUUGGAGUAUCUAUCGGAGGCUAGGUUAGAGUUGGAGUUUCUAUCCGAGGUUAGGUUAGAGUCUCUAUCGGGGGCUAGGUUAGAGUUGGAGUCUCACUCGGUGGCUAGGUUAGAGUUGGAGUCUCUAUCGGUGGCUAGGUUAGAGUUUGAGUCUCUAUCGGAGGCUAGGAUAGAGUUGGAGUCUCUAUCGGUGGCUAGGUUAGAGUUGGAGUCUCUAUCGGUGGCUAGGUUAGAGUUUGAGUCUCUAUCGGAGACUAGGAUAGAGUUGGGAGUCUCUAUCGGAGACUAG